AUGGUCAAAGCCGUCGCCGUCCUCCGUGGAGACUCCAACGUCAAGGGAACCGUCACCUUUGAGCAGGCCGACGAGUCGUCCAACACUACCAUCUCAUGGAACAUCACCGGCCACGACGCCAACGCUGAGCGCGGCAUGCACGUCCACGCUUUCGGCGACAACACAAACGGCUGCACAUCUGCCGGUCCCCAUUUCAACCCCCACAACAAGACCCACGGUGCUCCCGAGGAUGAGGAGCGCCACGUUGGUGACUUGGGUAACUUCAAGACCGACGGUCAGGGUAACGCACAGGGAAGCGUCACAGACAAGCUCAUCAAGUUGAUUGGCUCUGAGAGCGUCAUCGGCCGCACCAUUGUCGUCCACGCCGGAACCGACGACCUGGGCAAGGGUGGACACGAGGAGUCAAAGAAGACUGGUAACGCUGGCGCUCGCCCCGCCUGCGGUGUCAUUGGCAUCUCCAACUAG